GGUUGAUUGACUGGCUGGCUGCAUUUAGUGGCGGAGCGGUGUGUGCGCGGAGCCCUCGGAUUGUGUGACGAGGCUGGGAGUUCAAGUCUCUUCAACGCAGACAAUUUAGACAAAAUACCAACUGUGGGGAUGGCUGUAUGAAACCUGCAUCGAAAGAGUGCCUACGCGCGUGUGAUAAAUAUCAGCAUCUUAAAAAAAAGGGAACUGGAUUUAUAUGUAUAGAGCCUAGAUUUAUUUAACAUUUAAAUCAUAAUAACAAUGCCUGCAAUGUUAGAAGUGUCCGGGAAAAGAAGAGGACGGAACAGCGCAUCUAAUAGCAAUGCUAAAAGUUUCGCGGCGAAUGGGAACAGCAGUAACUCGUGGGAGGAAGGGAGCUGCGGAUCCUGCUCCAGCGAUGAGGAGCACGGUGGCGGAGGAAUGCGAGUCGGAGCGCAGUACCAAGCAGUGGUCCCAGAUUACGACGCCGAAGUUGCAAAGAGCUGCCAGGAGAGGGAGAACUUGGGCAUGCUGGUGUGGUCUCCGAAUCGGACCGUCUCGGAAGCGAAGCUGGAUGAAUAUAUUGUGAUUGCCAAAGAGAAGCAUGGCUACAACAUGGAGCAGGCCCUGGGAAUGCUCUUCUGGCACAAGCACAACAUUGAGAAGUCCCUGGCCGACCUGCCCAACUUCACCCCCUUCCCGGACGAGUGGACCGUGGAGGACAAGGUGCUGUUCGAGCAGGGCUUCAGCUUUCACGGGAAGACCUUUCACAGGAUCCAGCAGAUGCUGCCUGAUAAAUCCAUCGCCAGUCUUGUCAAAUUCUACUACUCCUGGAAAAAGACCCGGACCAAGACCAGCGUGAUGGACCGCCACGCUCGCAAACAGAAACGGGACCGCGAAGAGAGUGAAGAAGAAAUGGAAGAAAACGUGAAUAACUCGAGUGAUGCUGUGAUUGAUGCAAACAAGGAAAACAAAACAGAGGUAGUCUUUAAGGAUCAGUGUUCAAGCCACAUGAUCAGAUCCCUGCACUUGAAAUGCUUAUUUUCAGCUGCCAGCAAGAGCGCUACUGGUCAGGAAAAGCAGGAAACGAAGCCAGUGGUCAUUAAUAAGGUAUUAAAGCAGGGUGCCACGGCUGAGAAGACUGCCCAUGUGAAGAAGGAGCCCCAGACGACCCCAGGCAAGCACCAGCACAGAGCCAAGAAGAAGCCCCCGAAAGGGAUGCACCUCUGCCAGGCUGACGUCCAGGCCAUGUCUGCCAGCUCCACGUCUGCUGUGAAUGUGCUCCGGCAGCUGGACAUGGAGCUGGUUUCAAUAAAGCGACAGAUCCAGAGUAUUAAACAGACGAACAGUGUUCUUAAAGAGAAGCUGGAGGAUGGACUGGAUAAGUGCAGACUGCCCGAGUUCUCCUCUCUCUUUCAGGUUACUCAGAAGUUCAAUGCUCGUUGGACAACCGAGGAGCAGCUUCUGGCAGUGCAGGCAAUUCGAAAGUAUGGCCGUGACUUCCAGGCCAUAUCGGACGUGAUUGGUAACAAGUCUGUGGUGCAGGUGAAGAACUUCUUUGUGAAUUACCGGCGGCGCUUCAACCUGGACGAGGUGCUGCAGGAGUGGGAGGCGGAGCACGGAGACAAGCAGAGCAGCAAGAGGGAGCCCUCCCCCGACCGCACCGGAGCCAAGAUACCAGAGGAGGAGGAGGAGGAGGACGAGGAGGAGGACGAGGAGGAGGAGGUUUCACCCGUUCUUGAUGUCAGAGACCCAUCCGCAUCAUGAAGUCAAUGAGGGGGUGUUAAUAGAAGCAAUUCUGAACAUCUUGUUUUUUCAACUGCUGUAUGAAUCUAGGCAGUCUCAGUACAGUAGCACCAAAUCUACCCAGCCAGCCGUCUCCACAGGACAUGAAGCUGUCACCAAAAAACAAAAAGCAACACAGAAAGGGCAGCGCCCUCCCCAUCACACCCCUGCCUCGCUCUGCUUCACUUGUCAGGACUGCUUUCACUUUCCUGCUGAAAGCCCUGAGGAGCCGUCGUAGUGGCUGCUUCCCUACACACACCCGGGGAAUCCUUGUACUUGCACAGCCUCGACUGGACCCAAACGGAGAAGGGACCACAUACUUAACUGUGCUUUCCAGAGCAAUCGCUGACACACGAGGGGCCAGCUAGGGCUGAGGCGGGGCCCCUCAUUGCAGGCGAAAGGAAAACAUGGUAAAGCCCCAGGGCCUUGGCAUUUUAUUGUAAUUAACCCACAGGUGCAGUCUGAACGGGCCGGGUGCUCUUACUGCUUUAGCAGUGAAACUCAUCCGAACGGGACGGGUGCUCUUACUGCUUUAGCAGUGAAACUCAUCCGAACGGGACGGGUGCUGUUACUGCUUUAGCAGUGAAACUCAUCCGAACGGGACAGGUGCUCUUACUGCUUUAGCAGUGAAACUCAUCCGAACAGGACGGGUGCUCUUACUGCUUUAGCAGUGAAACUCGUGCAGUGGUGGCAGUACAACAGCAUGGCUCUGGAUCUGAGAGUAGUUUGUUUAGAUCGCAUAUACUUUUAUUAUAACGUUUAUAUUUAGUUUUCAGAGAUAGAAGUAUCCAAUCAUGGGUGUGCAUGAGGCUGUUCCUGGAACCCAAUCCAAUCCCAGGGCUUCUCACUCGUUAGGCAAUGUAGCCACACUUAAUUUAUAACAAAUUAAAGUACAGCAGCUGACACAACACUGUGUAAAAUUGAGCAGGUCUUUAUGUAGCCCCUGUAUCUAUCUAUCCUCUGUGUGUGUGUGUAAGCCUCGUGUAAUAUUGGUGGUGGAGGUCUUUUCAUAGUCCUGGAGCCUGUUGUACUGUCCUGCUGUACCUUCUAGCAACUCUGAGGUGUGUGUGUGAGGGGUUUACAGCAAUGGACAAAAGUUUUGUAUUGCCUACAAUUUUAGGGUUGAGACAUAAUUAAAAAAUAACUGUGUGAACACAAUGUAGAUCUUUUAUUUAACAUCAUGUAAUCAAGGAAACUACAAAGUGAUAUUGCAAAAGUCUACCGGAAGCCAUAAGAGUAGUACAGUGUUUCAUGUUGGAUUUCGAAAUGUUUCCCAUUUUUGUCAAUUAAAAUAUAUGGGAAAACUACAAAGUGGUGUGUAAUUCACUAUGUUACCGUCACAUCAUUCAGCAGGCUUCAUUCCACCUUGUGAAGCAGAAUGUGUUCAUUCUAUAGGGGGGUGAUGCUAGACUUUUGUCCCGAGCUGUAUAAUCGCACUCCUGCCUCGGUCUCGCAGCUGACACUCAGUUGCUCACAGUCUCCUCUUGUUCCUUUUUUAAAUUGUGCGUGUGCGUGUGCGUGUGCGUGUGAUCAUUUUUAAUCUGCUCAGUUCCAUGCUGGUUCCACUCAGCAUACAGACUGCUCCUUGUUCUGGCAGAACUCUGGCUAUCACUGGAACAGUAAUGACACGAUUCCAUUUUAUUUUAGGUCUGUUUUAUUAAAUAAUGUGAAUGCUAUAAUUGUAUAAUGUUGGAAAGGGGGAUUGUUUGUUUUUUCAGGCAUUCUGUAAUUUAUUGUGUGCAUAAAUAUAUGAUGGUGUAAUCAAAACCUAGUUCAAAGUA